AUGUCUGCCAUGGACGAACAGCCCCUUUGGCAUGAGCCGCCAACCCAUCCGAAUUGUACCCCGCCGCCUCUCAAGCUAUGGAACUCAUUGACUCGAUCUAAGACCCUUUUUAUCCCAAGGGACCCAGAUGGCCAGAAAGUCACUUGGUAUGCUUGUGGACCAACUGUCUACGACGAUGCUCAUCUCGGACAUGCCAGAAACUAUGUUACAACAGACAUACUUCGCCGCAUCAUGAGGAAUUACUUCCACUUCGACGUAAAAUUCAUCAUGAACAUUACUGAUGUGGAUGAUAAGAUAAUCAUUAGGGCACGCCAGCAACAUCUUUUCGCCGAUUUCAUGGCUAAACACCCUACUAUAGACGCCGAAGUAAUACAGACUGCACAGUUGGCAUUUUCAACUUUUGUAGGGAAACAUCUACCCCUCCUGAGUUCCGACAUCCAGCCGCCAGACUUCCACGUGGAGGCCGAGAAGACAUAUGCGUUUGUGAUCAACGGAGGUGCCCUCGAAGGAAACAAGAAACCUGGCUCCGACGAAGCUAAGAUCAAGAUGAAUAUCAAGAGCGGCUCGCUAGCAGCGAAAACUAUUACGGAAGGUCUAGAAGAAAUAAACAAAGCCACUGAGCCGGGGUCAUCGGCAGAUGCGGGUAGUGACCCUUCCCGGACGUCGAAUACAUCCCAACUCACAAGUGAGGCCUUCUCUAAAGCCUGUGAAGAUGUCUUCCUGGUCUACCUUGAUUCUGUCGGUGGCUCAUCCAUUUGCGGUAAUGAUUAUUCUCUGUUCGAGAAGUUAACCAAAAACUACGAAAACCGAUUUAUCGAAGACAUGCGAUCCUUGAAUGUCCUUGACCCGGAUGAAUUGACAAGGGUGACUGAAUAUGUGCCUGAGAUUGUCAGCUUUGUGGAAAAGAUUGUUGAGAAUGGGUUUGCCUAUUCUACUCCAGAUGGAUCUGUCUACUUUGAUAUCAAUGCUUUUGAAAAAUCUGGGAAUUAUUACGCAAAAUUGGAGCCCUGGAAUCGAAAUAAUAAGAAUCUUCAAAAAGACGGGGAAGGUUCCUUGACAAAUGUUGUGACGACUAAGCGUUCGAGGAAUGACUUUGCACUUUGGAAAGCAUCUCGACCGGGAGAACCCAGCUGGCCUAGCCCCUGGGGUAGUGGCCGGCCAGGCUGGCAUAUCGAAUGUUCCGCAAUGGCAUCUGCUAAGCUAGGUGAUCAAAUGGAUAUUCAUUCUGGUGGUAUUGAUCUUGCAUUUCCUCAUCACGAUAACGAACUCGCUCAGAGCGAAGCGUGCUGGCAUGGGACUCAGUGGGUAAAUUACUUCCUCCAUAUGGGCCAUCUCUCAAUCCAGGGUUCGAAGAUGUCCAAGUCACUCAAAAACUUUACUACCAUCAGGGAAGCGCUUGAUAGAGGCACCUGGACCUCCCGAAGCUUGCGAAUUGUAUUCCUUCUUGGUGGCUGGCGAGAAGGAAUUGAGAUCACUACGGAUAUGAUUAAUGCCUCACGCGCCUGGGAAGAGAAACUGAACAACUUUUUUCUGAAGGCGAAAAAUUUCACGACCCCGCAAGACUUAUCUCUUAAAGUAGGCGAUCCGAACACUGGUGAUACCCUGUCCACGUGUCUCAAGAUGGCUCAAGACAAGGUUUUCAACGCUCUAUGCAAUUCAUUCGAUACCCCUGCUGCAAUGAAUGCUAUAUCGGAGCUGGUUUCGAACUUUAACAGCGCUGAAGGUCCUGGAUUGAACGGUACUGUUGUUAAGAGCGCUGCAAAGUGGAUCACGUCCAUGGUCAAUAUUUUCGGGCUAAAUGGCGCGGCUUCACCAGAUAGUCCCGAUAUUGGGUGGUCUGGCAUUGAUGUCCCAGAAUACGCAAAACCGUACUUGAAUUCCCUCUCUACUGCCCGCGACGCACUUCGCCAGCUUGCCAAAUCAAAAUCUACUGUCUCCGCCGAAGCUCUAAACAGUAUCCUUUAUCCUUCGAUGGAUCAUGAACCUAUACCCGACCUGGCACGCCCGUAUGCACGGGUUCUCGCAGACUUCAAAGAAAGAAUACUAUCCUUAGGGGUAGAUGGCUCUGAGAUAGAUCAAAAGCAACUGUUGAUACAUUGUGAUCGAAUUCGAGAUGUUGAUCUAUUUGACCUUGGAGUUUAUCUAGAGGACCGAGAAAAUGAACCUGCUCUAGUGCGUCCAGUCACCGGUGACCACAUCAGAGCUCGACAAAGGCAAGCUGAACAAAGGCUGCAAGCACAGCGACGAAGAGAGGAGGACGAACGAAAGCUUCUUGAGAAAGCAGAAAAGGGGAAACUUAGUCCCUGCGAUAUGUUCCGUACCAGCGAGUUCAGCGCAUGGGACAAGGACGGUUUGCCAACGAAGGAUUCAUCAGGCAAUGAAAUUACUAAGAGCCGCAGCAAGAAGCUGAAAAAGGACUGGGAGAGACAGAAGAGAGCGCAUGAGGCGUGGUUAACCAGUAACUCCGGGCAGCGUGAAGGUUAA